CGCUUCCUGGUUAUUAUUUACUUUCAUUUUAUGGCUUUGUGAAGCUGCAGAUUGUCUCCGUGUAGAGGUUUCUGUGCUUCAGCUGACUCUGUGAUGUCGCUGUGUGAGAACAAAGUGGAGCUUCCUCCUCCCUCUAAAGCCACUCUGUGUGGAGACGAGAUCACCAAAGCUCAGAGCCCAGAGAAGCAGCACAGACCCCACACAGCCCACCGUGAACCUGAACCCGUCUGUGUGUCCACGAUGAGCAGCAGCUCAAAUGAGCGAUAUAUUGAUUUCAGCCAAGAUACAGAGAACAGUCAGAACCUGCCUGCUAAUGAAGGCUGGUUAUCCUUCAUAAAGAACUGGAUCAUGGAUGCGAUCGUGAAUUUAUUACAAAGAUUAUUUGUGAAACAGUUACAACAGAUACCAGCAUCUUCUGAACCUGAUUCAUCAGCACCCACAACGUGCGAUGAAUCUGUUCUUCAUAACUCCAGCGAUGAACUCGACUCUGUUAACGAGGCAUUUGACGAGGAAAGUACAGAGGCUCCAAGUGAUCAGCCUGCCCAGCAGCAUCAAUCACAUCCGGACUCAGUCUUUAUGCGGCUGGAGGACAACAUUAUCACUUUCGUGAAAAAUGAGCUGAAGAAGAUCCAGAAGAUGUUGUUUCCAGAUAACUCAGAGAGUCAGAUGGAGGAAGAGAUGCUGCUGGAGGGCGAGGGUGAAGAACACAAGAACAGAGAGGCAUUGGUGAAGCUCGCCCUGCAUUUCCUGAGGAAAAUGGAACAGAACGGCAUGGCUGACUAUCUGCAGAACAAACUUUUUGCUCCACAAUGUCAACGUAAACUUAAAAGUAAUCUGAAGAAGAAGUCCCAGUGUGUGUUUGAGGGGAUCGCUAAAGCAGGAAACCCAACCCUUCUGAAUCAGAUCUAUACUGAGCUCUACAUCACAGAGGGAGGGACUGCAGAAGUCAAUAAUGAACAUGAGGUCAGACAGCUCGCAACAGCAUCCAGGAAGCCAGACAGAUCAGAAACAACAAUCAGACGAGAAGACAUCUUUAAAAAGUCACCUGGAAGAGAUGAACCAAUCAGAACAGUGCUGACAAAAGGAGUGGCCGGCAUUGGGAAAACAGUCUUAAUUCAAAAGUUUACGCUAGACUGGGCUGAAGAACAAGCUAACCAGGAUAUCCAGUUUACAUUUCCAUUUACAUUCAGAGAGCUGAAUGUGUUGAAAGAGAAAAAGUUCAGCUUGGUGGGACUUGUUCAUCACUUCUUUACUGAAACCAAAAAAGCAGGAAUUUACUGGUUUGAACACUUCCAAGUUGUGUUCAUCUUGGAUGGUCUGGAUGAAUGUCGACUUCCUCUGGACUUCCACCGCAGUGAAACUCUAACUGAUAUUACACAGUCCGCCUCAGUGGGUGUGCUUCUUACAAACCUCAUCAGGGGGAAUCUGCUUCCCUCCGCUCAUGUCUGGAUAACCACACGGCCUGCAGCAGCCAGUCAGAUUCCUCCUGAGUUUGUUCAGAUGGUGACAGAAGUCAGAGGGUUCACCGAUGAACAGAAGGAGGAGUACUUCAGGAAGAGAUUCAGAGAUGAGGAACAGGCCAGCAGGAUCAUCUCCCACAUCAAAACAUCACGAAGCCUCCACAUCAUGUGCCAUAUCCCAGUCUUCUGCUGGAUCACUGCUACUGUUCUGGAGAAUAUGUUGAAAACCAGAGAGGGAGGAAUAUUACCUAAGACUCUGACUGAGAUGUACAUCUAUUUCCUGGUGGUUCAGUCCAAAGUAAGGAAGAUCAAGUAUGAUGGUGGUGCUGAGACAGAUUGUCACUGGGGUCCAGAAAGCAAGAAGAUGAUUGAAUCUCUGGGAAAACUGGCUUUUGACCAGCUAGAGAAAGGAAACCUGAUCUUUUAUGAAUCAGACCUGACGGAGUGUGGCAUUGAUAUCAGAGCAGCCUCAGUGUGCUCAGGAGUGUUCACACAGAUCUUUAAAGAGGAAAAGGGGCUAUAUCAGAACCCAGUGUUCUGCUUCAUCCAUCUGAGCGUUCAGGAGUUUCUGGCUGCUCUCCAUGUCCAUCUGGCCUUCAUCAACUCUGGAGUCAGCGUGCUACCAGAGGAACAAACAGCAUCUCAGACAUCUGAAACACCUAAAAAUAAGAUUAUAAAGACAGACUUCUACCAACGUGCUGUGGACAAUGCUUUGCAGAGUCCAAAUGGACACCUGGACUUGUUCCUCCGCUUCCUCCUGGGUCUUUCAUUGCAGUCAAAUCAGGAUCUUCUAAAAGGCCUGCAGACACAGACAGAAAGCAGUUCAGAAAUCAAUCAAAAAACAGUCCAGUACAUUAAGAUGAAGAUAAGUGAGAAUCUGUCUGCAGAAAAAAGCAUCAAUCUGUUCCACUGUCUCAAUGAACUGAAUGACCGUUCUCUAGUGGAGGAGAUCCAACAGUCCCUGAGUUCAAGAACCCUCUCUGUGGAUAAACUGUCUACUGCCCAGUGGUCAGCUCUGGUCUUCAUCUUACUGUCAUCAGAAAAUGAUCUGGAUGAGUUUGUCCUGAAGAAAUACUCUGCUUCAGAGGAGGCUCUUCUGAGGCUGCUGCCAGUGAUCAAAGCCUCCAAAAAAGCCAUACUGACUGACUGUAACCUCUCAAAGACAAGCUGUGAAGCUCUGACUUCAGUUCUCAGUAACCCAGUCUCUAGUCUGCUUGAGCUAGACCUGAGUAACAACACACUGCAGAAUUCUGGGGUGAAAGCACUUUCUGUUGAACUGGGGAGCCCACACUGGAAACUGGAAACUCUAAGACUGUCAGGCUGUCAGAUUACAGAGGAUGGCUGUAGGUAUCUUGUCUCAGCUCUCAACUCUAACCUUACCCACUUGAAAGAACUGGACUUGAGCUACAAUAAUCCAGGGGACUCUGGAGUACAACUGUUGUCAGAUGGACUAGAGCAUUCGUUACGAAAGUUAGAAACUCUGAGACUGAGUGUCUGCAACCUGUCAGAAAAAAGCUGUGAAGCUCUUUCUCCAGCUCUCUCCUGCCAGUCAUCGAGUCUGAGAGAGCUGGACCUGAAUAACAACAACCUGAAGGAUACAGGAGUGAAGGCACUGUCCACUGGACUGGAAAGUCAACACUGCAAACUGGAAACUCUCAGGCUUUCGGGCUGCUUGAUCACAAAGGAUGGCUGUGCUUCUCUGGCCUCAGCUCUGAACUCCAACCCCUCUCAUCUGAAAGUGCUGGACUUGAGUUACAAUCAUCCAGAGGAUGCAGGAGUAGAGCUUCAGACUGGAGUAAAGGAUCAACGCUGGAAACUGGAAAACCUAAGGGUGGAACCUGCUGGAGCAGAGUGGUUGAAACCAGGAUUGAAGAAGUAUCUCUCUAAACUUACAGUCAACACAAAUACAAUAAACAAAAAUCUCAAACUGUCUAUGAAUAACAUGAAGGUGACACAUACGAGAAACAACUUCAUAUAUCCCGAUCAUGCUGACAGAUUUGUUGACUGGUGUCAGCUGCUGUGUAAAGAUGUUUUACAUGGUCGGUGUUACUGGGAGGUGGAGUGGACAGGUGAGGUUGACAUAUCAGUAAGUUACAGAGGAAUAGCAAGGAAAGGAGAACGAAAAAACUGCAGAUUUGGAGAGAAUCCUCAGUCCUGGAGUCUGGACUGCUCUAAUGCCCGCGGCUACACUGUGUAUCACAAUCAGAGAAUAUCAGUCAUUCACCCCUCAUCCUCCUUGUCCCCUUCCUGUGGCCCUAAUCGAGUAGCAGUGUAUGUGGACUGUCCUGCUGGCACUCUGUCCUUCUACAAUGUCUCCAGUGACUCUCUGAUCCACCUCCACACCUUCAACACCACAUGCACUGAACCUCUUUAUCCUGGCUUUGGAGUCUGGCACCAUUCAUGUGGUUCCUCAGUGCGUCUGUGUUCUGUGCAGGUAGAAGUAUCUCCUUCUGUUAGAUAAGCUGUGUAACUGCAGAUGCACAGACAAAUCUGCAGGCUCUCAGACAAACCUGGAGACAAGAGACUAGGAGCACAGAGGGAAACACACACAGCAUGAGGGGGUGACGCAACACUGACAGAGAGAAACACAGGGCUAAAUCACGUUUAACGUCUACAUGAGGGAUUUCUUAAGAAUUUAAAGAUUGUGUCUCAUUAUUCCAGUGAUUCUGUAACUGCUGAGUGUCUUUAGUGUCUUAUGUGAACAAUUCUGACCUGCCUGGUUGUUUAAAGAUAGAUGUCUUUCAUGUCCACUCUCACUUUUUGUUUUAAUAUUUGGAGCAUCUGUGUAUGUUUUAUAGUUUCACUUUUUUUUUCCUGAAAUGAGACAAAAUCGAAAACGUAAACUUUGAAGACCAAAUGAAACUUUAAACGUUUAUUUUACAACACUAGUUUAUGUACAUAGUAUACAUGCAGUAUUAUAUAAUUGAUAUAGAAGGGUGUGUUGUAGAUAUGUAUAAAUCAUUUUAUUUAGUAUUAGAGGGGAAAAAACAACUCUUGAAAUACACCUUCUGUCUUUGUGCUGUCUUGUUAGCACAACUGGUAUUAGAAACAGACGACUCUGGAACGUAUGUCGUUUUGUAUUCAACACGAAGUGGGUUUCCUUGCCACCAGCAAGUUUCAAACAGUUGUUCACUGGUGUUACGGCCCUAGCUGGGCCUCCUCCUGAAGGUGCCUGUGUGGGCGUGUCACACUACCUCUUCUGCCUGAGGUGCCACCUUUCCCUUUUAUUACUGACUCUUAAUUACUGACGUGAGUCAGUAAUUAAGGAGAUUUAAGCCCAGGGAAAGGUGAGCUCUGGGCCAGAGUGCCGUUGCAGCUAGUGAGCUGUGCGUGU